CAACUCUUUCUUUCUAUGCCUAUAUCUGCAACACGUUACGCAUAUGAACAAAAUAUUUAUAAUAAGCAAUCCCGACCACAAAUCGUAGACUCAAUUAAUAAAAAAAUAAUAAUAAUUCAGCGACACUAAAUUCACGUGGCCAAGAUCCUCCGUUAUGGUGGCAUCCACGAUGCCUGCCAGGGUAUGUGGUUUUACGAUCACCCGUUCUGUUCAAGCCAACGCAGAGCAGAGGUUUAGUGUUCUUCUACUUCUUCGUAGCCAUGAAAAAAAAAAAAGGAAGCAAAAGCAUCAUUAUAUGUCGAUUGAUUUGGUGACUCUCGUCUUUUUCGUAAUCACGAUGAAGCACCGGAUAUCCUCGAUCAUUAUCCUUCUCUUCCAAGCGAUUACUCUCCAUCAUCAUUCACCGCCAUUGAUUCAUCCACCGAUCGCACUCCCCAUUACCUCUUUAAAUUUCUUAGCUUUUCAGUGUUUCCGUCGGAUCCCACGAUUUACGUUUGAUUUCGUAAAGUUUGAAGCUUUGAGCUCAAAUCCAGAUCUUCAAUGGUCGAACUGGUUGUAUUCCGCCCGUAGAACCCGUGAACCCGGAGCUGGGUAUUCAGCCCUAAGCAAUGUCAGCUCCCGUCUCCGUCAGAACCCGACCGGGUCGACCCGUCUCGGUGCCCGAAGACGCAAACAAGCAGAUUAACAUCAGAACCCAUCUCGCCGGCGUCGAAUCAUCACCGUCUGUCCGACAAUCGGAGCUGGGCCCGUUUCUCCUCAAUAUGGCGCGGGAGACCAUUUUCUCCGGCGGUGACCCGAAGAAGGCCCUGGACUACGCCGUCAGGGCAACCGAAUACUUCAAAUCGUGUCCGGAUACGGGUCUGGAGCUCGCCAUGAGCCUACAAGCCCUCGCGACGAUUUACUCUCAUAUGGGUCAGCUCGAGGAGGCGGUUCUGGCGCUUGAACGCUCAAUCAGGGUCACGGAUCCUGAAAACGGGUCGGAUCAUGCCCUCGCCAAUUUCUCCGGCUGUAUGCAGCUCGGUGAUACUUACACUAUGCUGGGUCAGCUUGACUGUUCCAUUUCUUGCUACGAAUCUGGAUUGAGGAUCCAGACGCAGACAUUGGGAGAGUUUCAUCCCAAAGUUGCCGAAACAUGCAGGUACAUCGCUGAGACUUAUAUUCAAGCAAUGCAAUUCGAUGAAGCCGAGAGACUCUGCAAGAAGAUCCUAGAAAUCCACCAUAGACAUAGCUCGCCAGCUUCCAUGGAAGAAGCAGCUGAUCGACGGCUACUUGCCCUUGCCUACGAAGCCAAAGGAAACUAUGACUCUGCCCUUGAUCAGCUCGUGUUGGCCAGCAUCUCCAUGGUCGCCAAUGGCAGGGAAGAUGAGGUUGCUUCUAUAGAUGUCAGCAUCGGUAACAUCUUCUUGUCCCUUUGUCGCUUCCAAGAAGCCGUCUUCUCUUACCAGAAGGCGCUCACUGCCUUCAAAUCCAAGAAAGACGAGAACAAUCCCUGCGUUGCCUCCGUGUACAUCCACCUCGCGAAUCUCUAUUACAAGACAGGCAAGACGAGAGAAUCGAAAUCAUGUUGUGAAAAUGCUCUGAGGAUAUACGCAAAACCUGCCAACGGAACAUUGCCAGAGGAGAUAGCAAAGGGACUAACCGAAGUGUCGUCAAUCUAUGAAUCUUUAAACGAGCAUGAACGAGCCUUAGAGCUUCUUAGCCAAGCGAUCAACUUGUUGCAUGACAAACCUGCAAACAGUACAACAGUGGCAGGAAUAGAAGCUCAGAUGGGUGUGAUAUUUUACAUAAUGGGAAGGUACAGAGAGUCUCGAAGCUCGCUCAAAAGCGCAGUGGAGAAGCUGAGCUCAAACGGAGAGAGCAGAACCGCUUUCUUCGGGAUAGUGGUGAACCAGAUGGGACUGGCCUGCUUGCAGAUGUACAGAAUAGGCGAGGCAGCCGAGUUGUUCGAACUGGCAAGAACCAUACUGGAAGAAGAAUGCGGGCCGAUUCAUUCAGACACUCUUGGUGUAUACAGCAAUCUCGCUGCAACAUACGACGCCAUGGGAAGGAUUGAAGACGCAAUAGAGAUACUGGAGCAUAUUCUGAAGGCGAGAGAAGAGAAGGCAGGGAUACCAGAUUUCAAUGAAGAGAAGAAGAGGCUGAUCGAGCUUCUUAAGGAAUCGGGGAAGCCUCGGAUUAAGAAAAAAAGGCCGCUCAAGAAGCUUAUCGGCUCAUCAUUCAGAUUUUGAUGCAAUGAGUUUCUUGAGGGCAAAGGUUAAGGAUAUAGACUUUGACCGUUAUACACGGCACACUCGUGUUCUUUCCAUGAGACAUGUUUCUCAUAUGUUCCAUCAUUUUUUAAUAAAUUCCAAUGAAUACUAUUUGAUUA